AUGGCUUCAGAAUCCCCCGAAUAUCAGACCAAGAUGCAGAAGCUCGGAGCGGGCGUCAAAAAAGUCCUUGGCCUCAAGGAUGAGUUUCCUGUCCCUACUGACCCCGUGACCCGCGGCGAGUCCACCUUCUCCGUCCAAUCUGCAGAGAUGUACUUCGACCGGGACCCGACGACGAUGGACUACUUCAGGGAGCUCACCCCAAACGGUGAAGACAUUGUCAACUAUUUGAUCAGUCUUUUCCCCUUCCUCAACUGGAUCACGAGGUAUAACGUCCAAUGGCUGGUUGGUGAUAUCGUGGCUGGCUUGACUGUUGGUGUUGUUGUCGUGCCUCAGGGUAUGGCUUAUGCCAAACUUGCCCAGCUGCCUGUCCAGUUUGGUCUCUACUCGUCGUUCAUGGGUGUUCUGAUCUACUGGUUCUUUGCUACCUCCAAGGAUAUCACUAUCGGGCCUGUCGCUGUUGUUUCCACUCUUGUUGGGCACAUUAUUGACAAGGCAAAGAUUGAAUACCCUGACAUUGCGCCGGAGGUCAUUGCUUCUGCAAUUGGUAUUGUUGCUGGUGGUAUCAUCGCAUUCAUCGGUUUGAUUCGAUGCGGCUGGAUCGUCGACUUCAUUCCACUCACUGCCAUCUCUGCUUUCAUGACCGGAUCCGCUCUUAGUAUUGCCUCUGGUCAGGUUCCAUCUAUGCUAGGUCUCAGCGGUUUCAACACGCGAGGAACCACAUACGAAGUUAUCAUUGGCUCUCUCAAGCAUUUACCAAGCGCUAAGAUCGAUGCCGCAAUGGGGUUGACUGCUCUUUUUCUGCUUUACUUUAUCCGUUGGGCCUGUGGCUUCAUGGCUAAACGACAUCCUUCCAAGGCCAAGGUCUAUUUCUUUACCUCUACGCUGCGCGCAGUCUUCGUUAUCCUUCUGUACACCUUCAUCAGUUUCUUGGUCAACAGGAACCACAGAAAGGACCCUAUCUUCAAGAUCUUGGGCAUUGUCCCACGAGGUUUCCAAAAUGCUGGCGUUCCAGUCAUUAACUCGCGAGUUUUGAGCACUUUUUCUGGUGAAAUCCCAGCUUCUGUUAUUGUCCUGUUGCUUGAGCACAUUGCUAUCUCCAAGUCUUUCGGUCGCGUUAACAACUACACCAUCAACCCCUCUCAAGAGCUUGUCGCCAUCGGUGCCACCAACAUGCUUGGUCCAUUCCUCGGAGGCUACCCAGUCACCGGUUCUUUCUCUCGUACUGCCAUUGCUUCCAAGGCCGGAAUUAGAACUCCCUUCGGUGGUGUCUUCACUGCCAUGGUUGUUCUCCUUGCCAUUUAUGCCCUUCCUGCUGUUUUCUUCUAUAUUCCUAACUCCUCCCUCUCUGCUGUCAUUAUCCAUGCUGUUGGCGAUCUUAUCACUCCACCAAACGUUGUCUAUCAAUUCUGGAAAGUCUCCCCGAUCGAAGUCAUCGUCUUCUUGGUAGGUGUCUUCGUUGCCGUGUUUUCGACCAUUGAGAAUGGUAUCUACGCCACUGCCGCUUUCUCCCUUGGUAUUCUCUUGUUCCGUCUUGUCAAGGCUAAGGGCCAAUUCCUUGGUCGUGUCAAGGUCAGCUCUGUUGUUGGCGACCAUGUCAUCGACAACGAUGGCAAAUAUGGAACUUUUGACGACAACACCGGCAUCCCCGGAGGCACAAGCAGCCGCAAUGUCUUCCUUCCCCUCAGCCACAACGAUGGCUCUAACCCUGAGGUCCAAAUUGAGCACGCUCUACCAGGCAUCUUCAUCUACAAGUUCUCUGAAGGGUUCAAUUAUCCUAAUGCCAACGGUUAUCUUGAUGACUUCGUUGCCCAUAUUUUGAGCAAGACGCGCCGCACGAACCAAAACGCUUACGAGCGCUUGGGCGACAGGCCAUGGAACAAUCCUGGACCUAAGCGUGGCGAGACUGAGGCUUCGACUGCCGACUUGCCAAUUCUCAAGGCUAUCAUUAUGGAUUUCUCUUCCGUUAACAAUGUGGAUGUCACAUGUAUUCAGAAUCUAGUAGAUGUUCGCGAGCAGCUCGACCGACAUGCCGCACCUGAGGUUGUUCAGUGGCACUUCGCUCAUGUCAACAACAGAUGGACAAAACGUGCCCUUGCUGCCGCCGGCUUCGGCUACCCCACCUCUCCUGCAGGCUCUGACCUUUCCGCCCCACGCUGGAAGCCAGUGUUCAGUGUCGCCAAUGUUGACGGAUCCAACAGCUCUACGGCUUCCCUAGACAUAGACCCCAAGCACUCUGGCAUGGCCAGGAUCCACGAUGAAGAAAUUGGCACCAUCACCCCAGCUUCGCAGACACCCACCGAACAGGUGGAGAUCUGCAAGGAUGGUGUUUACCACAAAGAAAUCGAGAAGGUCGGUGGCUCUCGAGGUGCUGUGGUGAACAGCAUGAACCGUCCAAUGUUCCACGUUGACUUGACCAGUGCUCUCCAGAGUGCUACGGUCAACGCCUUGCAAUGA